UGUUGUCGUUUGAGUACGUUGGUUUAGAUUGCAUCAAUACUAUAUAUACUGACACCGAUGAGAUCGAAAUGUGCUCGCUGACCGUUUUAAAUUUGGAUUCGCAUUCAGUUUGUUGUUGACCAUUGUACGAAGUGUGCGGUCGAUAAAUAAUAAUUCAAGUGGUGUUUUUUUGCAAUUUCAAGUAAUUUUCAAUUGACUCUCGUGAUUUUCUUUUACGUCAGUAUUGAUGAAAAUUCUACUUUUAUUCAAUCAUUGAAUCCGUCCGGCUUUAUUUAUUCAAUUGAAUUUAAUUUUCGAGUGCUUUGUUUUUUUUAAGACAAUGCGAAUAUUUUCAUUGGUUUUGAUUUUUGCUGCUGUCGGAGCACAAUGGAUUGCAGCUGAAAGAUCGUUUCGUGUGGAUUAUGAAAACAAUCGCUUUCUGAAGGAUGGUCAACCGUUUCGGUUUGUCUCGGGUUCGUUCCACUACUUUCGAGCUCUGCCGCAAACGUGGCGCAAUAAGUUGCGCACACUUCGAGCAUCGGGUUUGAAUGCAGUUACCACAUAUGUUGAAUGGUCGUUGCACAAUCCUCGUGAUGGCAGCUAUGUUUGGGAUGGUAUUGCCGAUGUUGAACAAUUCGUUCGGUUGGCUGCCGAGGAAGAUUUGCUUGUUAUUCUGAGACCCGGUCCAUAUAUUUGUGCCGAACGUGAUAUGGGAGGACUUCCAUUUUGGCUUCUAUCAAAAUAUCCAAACAUCAAACUUCGUACAAGUGAUCCGGAUUAUUUGAAAGAGGUUGGCAUUUGGUAUGAGCAACUAAUGCCACGCUUUGAAAGUCUUUUGUAUGAAAAUGGUGGUCCAAUCAUAUUGGUGCAAGUGGAAAAUGAGUAUGGUGCAUUUGAAUGUGACAAUAAAUACUCGUUGUGGGUGAGAGAUGAAACCCAAAAAUAUGUUGGCGAUAAAGCGGUUCUCUUUACCAAUGACAUUGUUCGAGACAAGGACUUGAAAUGUGGAAAAAUUGAAAACGUUCUCGCCACAUUGGACUUUGGAAUUGGUAACAGGACGACAUUCGAACAACAUUGGCAAUUACUGCGAAAAUAUCAACCAAACGGACCGCUUGUUAAUGCAGAGUUUUAUCCCGGGUGGUUUACUCACUGGCAAGAGCCUCCAGGCAAAGUUGAUCCUGCGCCUGUUGCUGAGAGCCUCAGGUACAUUUUGGAAGUAGGUGCGAGCGUAAAUUUCUACAUGUUUUUCGGUGGAACAAAUUUCGGUUUCACGGCUGGUGCUAAUUACGGUGGUCCUGGAAAAUAUCAAGCCGACCUAACAUCUUACGAUUACGACGCACCAAUGGACGAAACUGGCGAUGUGACACCAAAAUAUGGCAUACUUCGUGAUGUUAUCAAAGAUUUUUUGCCGCUGCCAAACAUUUCGAUUCCAUUGAAAUCGCCAAAAAUGAAAAUCCCAACGAUUGAAGUACAUGCCAAAGCUGCAUUACUUUCACCAGCUUCGCGGCAAAUACUGGGAAGUGAGGUGAUUCAAUCGGAAAAGCCGCUUACGUUUGAAGAAAUCAAUCAAUUUUCUGGAUUUGUGCUGUACGAAACAGAAUUGCCAAAACUCAAAAAGGAUCCGAGCAUAUUGACGAUUCCAACAUUGCACGAUCGAGCAAUUGUUACCAUUGACAAUAAAUUCAUCGGUGUAUUAUCACGCGAAAACUUGGCCAAUUCGUUGGCAAUAAAUGCGGGUUUCGGCAAAAUGCUGCAAAUUCUGGUUGAGAAUCAGGGUCGCAUCAAUUUUGAAAUAGCCAAUGAUUUCAAGGGAAUUAUUGGCGACGUGCUAUUAAACAAUGUGACGCUGAACAACUGGAAUAUUACGGGUUUUCCAUUCGAAAAUGCGACACAAAUCGAUGAAUUAAUCGCUACGGUCGACCGAGAUUCGGAAAUAAAUGGUAUCAAAGGACGUAGUUUUGAGAAUUUACGCUCCGGCCCAAUGGUCUUUUCUGGCACAUUCGAUAUUGAUGAAGAUGAAAUCGCUGACACGUUCGUCAAUCCCAUCAAAUGGGGCAAGGGAUUUAUCUUCGUGAAUGGCUUUAAUUUGGGUCGAUAUUGGCCAUUGGUUGGUCCUCAAAUUACAUUGUAUCUACCGAAGGAGCUGCUGCGCAAAAAGCAAAACUCAAUCGUGGUGGUGGAACUGCAACGAGCACCGAAGGACGGUUACAUUAAAUUCAGCGAUAAACCAAUUAGCAUUAAGGAAAAUUAGCACUCAACGUAGCAAUUUAAAGUUUGGUUGCCACAACUUUUUGCAGGCAAAUAAAGUAAACAGCGAUUCGACACUGAGUUUAGUUUUUGAAGUGAAAUUGAAAAGUUUGUAAAAGAGUAGAAAAAAAAUAACAUACAAAACUGGAGAGUACACGAUUCAAAUAGCAAAGAGAAAUAGUGUCGUCAGAGAGGAGAGUUUGUUGAAUAAACACGUCAUUUACAAAGAGAGAGAAAAAACAAAA